CGCUGCCCCCAGCAUGAAGCUCACCUGGGACAUCAACGACCCCAAGCUGCCGCAGGAGCCCGAGCGCUUCGACGCCUUCCAGGAAUGGCCGGACGGCUACGUGCGCCUCAUCUACUCCAGCGAGGAGAAGAACGCGCAGCGGCACCUGAGCGGCUGGGCCAUGCGCAACACCAACAACCACAAUUGCCAGAUCCUGAAAAAGUCCUGCCUGGGCGUGGUGGUGUGUGCAGGGAGCUGUGCCCUGCCCGGCGGUGCCAGGCUGCAGCUGCGGCCCGCCAUCUGCGACAAGGCGCGGCAGAAGCAGCAAAAGAAAGCCUGUCCGAACUGCAAUGCAGCCCUCCAGCUCAUCCCUUGCCGUGGGCACAGCGGCUAUCCCGUCACCAACUUCUGGAGACUGGAUGGCAAAGCAAUAUUUUUCCAGGCUAAAGGAAUCCAUGACCACCCUAGACCAGAGAGUAAAUUGGAGGCAGAGGCAAGACGAAGUGCAAUUAAGAAGCAUAUGUUAUCUUCUCAGAAUUCCCAGAAAAAGAGACUUUUAAACUCAGAGGCUGGAAGAUACCAUGAUAGCAGUGGUUAUGUCAGUAACAUGCAAAAUCUGCCCUCCAUAGAUGUCCCAGAAAGAGUCAGUAUUGUCACAGACACGAGCUUUUCAAUUCCAGCUCAGCCUUACCCUUUGCCACAAAAUACCGAUCUCUACAAGAUGUCUUAUGACUCGGCCAGCUUCCAAGAGGACCAGCUGUUGCCAUACCAGAAGUGCCCCAGUCAGAGGAUCUAUGUGCCCAGGCCAUGUAGUUACGAGUUUGGAGUUCCUCCCUUCAUUAGCUCCAGCCCUUACCCAUCAUGUUAUAAAGAUCCAGCAAAUCCUCCCCUCGAUGCUGACCCUAUCAGUUUGAAUGGAUCUCACUAUAAUUCUUUGACCAGCAUUGACAAGAGCUUUGACCAUACUGGUAGGCAUUAUGGACUGAAACCCAUCUGGGGGAAAACUGGCAGUGGAGAUAGGAGCGACUAUGGUCAGAUGCAAACAAACACUAACCACCCUUAUUAUGGUGGUGAGUACUCCGGCAAAUACGGUCCCAGCCCCUCUCCCAUGGCUCCACCACUACAGACUGUCAUCACAACCACCACAAAGGUGUCUUACCAGGCCUACAAGCCAUCCAUGCUGAAAUACAGCGACAACCUCUGCGACAUGAAAAACCUUCAGAGCUAUACACAUGUGGCUGAAAAUGUCUCAGGCACUAUCUAUUCAGGGAUGAAGAUUCAGGAAGACUUUGGGAUGAUCAAGUCGGCAUUGCUCUACCAGCACGACCCAAUCACCACAAAGUCCGAACCAGUGGAGAGUGUGGAGGCCUAUCGGUACGGGUUACCGCCAGGGAACAGCUAUGCUGAGCAUGAAGGACAAACCUUAAGGUUUGAGAGUACUGAAUAUUGACUAAAUGUUACCUAAAUUCUAUUGGGAUGGUCAAGUGGGAAAUUAAUGGUUGCGCUAAUGGUGUGUUGUUUGAGAUUUGAGGAGGUGUGAGAAAGCAAUGCAUUGUUGCUUUCUGGAGCUGAAGCACAUUUCCUCCACCCCCCCCCCAAAAAAAAAUCAAUAUAUGUACCUCUAAAGUAAUAUGAAAUGUCCAGACAUGACUGGGAGAUGGUGGUGUGGAGACAAAGGAAGUAAGCAGCCUCUUGUAAUGGAGACUGUGAUCUGCUUAGAGCCACUGUUCCUCCCAGAGGUUGGAGAGAGAGUGCUCCAAUUGGGAAAGGAAAACACACCCCAGGCAAUUGAAAAAGAAAAUAGAAGUGGCUACAGGUUACAGCCAACAGAAAGAAAUGAGAGUGAGACAAGUUGCAGGAUAAUUUAUCUGAAUGAUCUAUCCACCUGCCAUGAUCUAUGUAAGGAAUGCAAAAACUAGUGGGCUAGAGAAAUGAUAAACCUGCAUGGAAACUGCAUUUUUGUUUAAAAACAGCAGGUCAAUGCAAACAAACCUUGUCAAUUACUACUACUCUUCUUCCUGCCUCACAAUUAGGUCUUUCUCUUUUCUCCAAGGGACUUCUACUAGCAAUUCCUAACUCCCUCCCCCUCCCCCGACAGUGAAGUUCUCCUGGCAAUAAAGCAACCAACAAAGCAAGAGGUCAAAAACCAAACUUAACAAAGAAAACUUGAGAACUUGCAGCUCUAGGCUCUCAGCUAAUGAAACCCUUCUCCAGUAGGCCCAGA